UCCCACUCCGCGUCUUUAAGACUCCGCGCUCAGAGCCGCGCCGCGUCCCUCUCGUGUCGAGCCCUGAUCCCUGCAGUCGUGCGCCUGCCCCAUCACUCGUCGACGCCUGCCAAAUCAGUCGAAUCAUCAGCGUCGCUCCGUGUCGCGUCUGUCUGCGCCUCGCGUCGCGUUUUUGCGCAGCGUCUCUGUGUCACGUCUCGUGCCGCGUCUCUGUGUCGCGUCUCUGCGCAGUGUCUCGUGCCGCCUCUCUGUGCGUGUCGCGUGUCGCGUCUCUGUGCGUGUCGCGUGUCGCGUCUCUGUGCGUGUCGCGUGUCGCGUCUCUGUGCAUGUCGCGUCUCUGCGCAGUGUCUCUGUGUCACGUCUCGUGUCGCGUCUGCCUGCGUGUCGCGUGUCGCGUCUCUGUGCGUGUCGCGUAUCUCCGCGUGUCGCGAUGUCCGGCACGGGGGGUGAGAGCCAGGGUUUCGCCGCCCUGCUCUACAGCGAGCCCGGCGUGCUCGGCCUCCUCGCCAACGCCGUGAGUGCGCUGCUCGUGGCCAUGCACAACUUCUCGACGCACCGCGCUGCCGCGCAACUCUCGCCCACCAACAACAUCCUGUCCGGCGUGCACCUGAUCCUCAUUGGCGGCAUGACGCAGCUGGUGUCCGGCCUCCUGACCUUCCGCAAGUUUGACCACCUGGGUGGCACGGCCUUUCUGGCCUUCGCCGCACUCUGGAGCAGCUUCGGAGCAUCCCGAAUCAUCUCCGGCGUCAUGACCACCGCCGCUGCCACCAACUCCUCCAAUAUGACGAGUCUCGUGUACGAUCACGGCUUGAUAGUCAUCAGCAACACGACGGAACCGACCAUAGAAGUGUCACACACUGCCGUGGCGAGCCUCGUGGCGUACAUCUGCGUGUCGGCCAUCCUUGCCUUCUGCUCCGCCACCGCCAACUACAUCAUGCCGCCCGUGUUCGGCACCAUCACGAUCGUGCUGGUGUUCGAGGCCGUGCUGGCCGCGUACCCGCUGGGCUGGGCGGCCCCUGUGGCGGGCUUCUUCGAGAUGAUCAUCCUCGCCGCGGGCCUCUACGGCUCCGUGGCACUACUGCUCAAGGGCAUCACGCAGCGCUACGUGCUCCCGGGCUUCGGCAACGCGCUCUUUAACGUCCUGCUGCUGGGUACCGGCAGGGCGGCGAGCGGCGGUGGUGGCAGUGGGGGCGGUGGCGGCGCGGGUGGCAACGAGCGCAAGAAGAACACCAAGUACGCCGAGCCCAUGGCGCUCUGCUGUCUCUGCGACGUCGUCGCCGCCGUGAUUUUCGCCUUCUACUGCUUCGGGUUCCCGCACACGUUCACGGCGGGCGCGCUCUGGCUCAGCGUCAACUCCGCGCCGCAGCUGCUCGCCGCCUACUACGCGUUCCUGCGCGAGGACGCGUACCACGGGGCCAAGUCGGUGCUGCGCUGCAUCUUCUGGCUGGUGCACGCGUGGCAAGAAUUCGUGGUGUCCACCGUGGUGGGCACGGGCGAGCUGGACUCGGCGCAGCUGGCGAUGGUGGGCGACUGGUUCCUGCUGGUGGCGGCGGUCGUGCUGCUGCUCGUGUCGCUGGACAGGGACGUCCUGGAGACCGCCGAGAGUUCGUCCUUCGCGCUGCUCGCCGUGGCGGCCAUCCCGCAGAUACCGACGAGGGCGCGCUACGCGUUCCUGGGCGCCGCGUGCUGCGUGCACGCCGCCGUGAACCUGUACGCGACGUUCGCCCGGCUCAUCAACUCCAUCGCCGAGAAGCCGCUCGUCCCCAUCGGAGCCGUGCCCCUCGCCUCGCAGCGCCUGCGGGCCUUCCUGGGCGCGCUCCGAAGGUCCUGCUGCGGCAGCGGAAGCAGCAGCAGCAGCAACGAGACGGGCAACAACCAGCCCGGCCCCUCCAUGGCGCAGCUGUCAGACGCCGCGUUCUACCUGUGCAACGGCGUGGCCGCGAUGUCCGCGCUGCACUCGACGGAGCCGCUCCGCGCUCGCCUCUCCCUGCCCUGGGUGCUGCUGCCCGGAGCUCUGCUGCAGCUGUUCGUGGCCCGGGUUGGACUACUGCGUCCAGCGUCCAGUGGAUCCGUGAUGCCCUUCUGCUACGCGGCCUUCUGGGCUGUGUGGACUUGGCUGCGGCUGGCGGGAUCCCCCCUCCAGGUCCCUGAUAAUGAAAUUGACGGCUUCAUGGCAGGAGCGAUCUCCGCGCUCGUCAUCAACACCUUCUUGAUACUUGUGGCCGUGUACGGGAACCUCGUCCUCCUCUUCCACACGCUCGUCAUGCAGCUCCUCGUCAUCUGCCUCCUCCUCUUCACACUCAAGAGCCUCCCCCAGCCACUGGAGGACGUGGUGCUGGCGCUGCUGGCGCUCAGCUGUGCAUACGGGACACUCGCCUCGGUGUCGAACUGCGUCUUCGAGAGGCAGCUGCUGCCCCUGGGACGCGCCCUGCUGCGGACCCGUGCCACCCGUGACCCCGCGGCCCCCCCGUGCGUGACCCCCGUGUCGCGGCGCACGAGCGGCCUGCGCGAGAUCGCGGCUCUGCUGGGGGGCGGCGCCGUGUGCGGCGUCCCCACGGACACCGUGUACGCGCUCGCCGCCUCGUGCCGACACCCGGGGGCCAUCCAGCGCAUCUACGCCAUCAAGGACCGGCCCCAGGAGAAGCCCGUGUGCAUCUGCAUCUCGAGCCUGGAGCAGAUCGCAUUCGUGCGCCCCCCGUUCAGCCCCCUGCUCUGGGAGUUCAUGAGCAGCGUCUACCCGGGGGGCAUCAGCUGCAUCGUGCCCAAGGGGGACUGGCUCCUGCGCCUCGGUGUGGGGGAAGCGUACGACCUGGUGGGCACAGCAGACAGCAUCAUGAUCCGCGUGCCGGACAGCACCGUGGCGUCACACCUCGUGUCCAUGACAGGGCCCAUCGCCAUCACCUCGGCCAACCCGAGCGGGGAGCCCGAUAGCACCCACCACGACAUGGUGGUCCGGCGCCUGGGCGACAAGCUGGACGGGGUUCUGUGCGACGGAGACUCCAACGAGACGGUGGCCUCCACCGUGGUCAACUGCCUCGACAUCGACGGCAUCGGAAUCCGCAUCCUGCGAGAAGGCUGCGUGCCGGGAGCCGUCGUUCACCAGAUCUUCGAGCGCGUGGCGGCGGCGCAGGGCUUGGAAAGUUCGGACUGAAGAUUGCGUGCGGGCGCGGAACGUCAACGAUCGAAGCGGGGGGAUUCCACGGCGCUCCACAGCCAGAUGGGGGUUGCCACCCUCUCUCGUGGUGUACCAUAGUACAGAAGAUGAAUAUCUCGCGAUGCCGGUGGAGGAGGAGGGGAGGGUGGGAGAACCACAUGGCAAUGCGUUGUAUAAAGUUGCGCGGAUAAAAGAGGGGGGGAGGGAAUGAGAAGCCAUUAACCCUGACCCCCCCCCGUCACCCACCCCGUCCCCCCCAAAAAAUGUCAGACCAUUCUUGUGUUCGUUCGAUAUGUACACUUGUAAAUAAUUGUUGAUGAUUCUUGAUUCGUUGAUGUAUAUUUCCUUAUUGAUCCGCUUGUUUGGAUGUUAAUGAACAUUGGCUUUACGUAGAAUACAUUUCGUUUUCCGAAAUGAGGCGGCCGUCUGUUGCAGUGGAACUAAUUUGCGUUGCAGCGGAACGAAAACUGAUUCGCCCGACACCAAACGUGCAGCCGGGUGCGUGCUCAGAUGAAUGGGGAAAGUGAACUGGGAGUGAAUCAUAAGAGAGCAUCAUCUUUUGUUUUCUAUAUAUGUAAAUAUACAAAAUAGAGAUACAUAAAAAUCACGGAUGCUGAGCAGAGGCCCGAAACGCCAAGCGGCCAGUAACAAACCGCACCAAUAAAGCUGUUCUACAGAUACGAGUGUAACACGUUUCUUGUAUGGGUAAUGACAACUUGACGCCCUUCUCUUGAGAUGGCACUUUAUUGAAGACAUGUUCACUUGACAUCAGGCGGAGACCCCCACUGCAACAGCCCCGAGUCUCCCGCGCAUCUCCCCCUUAUAUACCGACACGAGGCCACGCCCCCCUUCCCGAACCUUCUCGCUGACUCUGGACACUCGCUCCACCGGCAGACUCCACCGUCCUCUUCCGUCGCCUGACCACGCUCCUCUUCUCGAUCAAUCCCGUAGCCACCAGUCCCUUCGCACUCGCAACUGAUGCCCCUGUCAUUACCUCCCGUAGCCACCAGUCCCUUCGCACUCGCAACUGACUACCCUGUCAUUACCUCCCGUAGCCACCAGUCCCUUCGCACUCGCAACUGAUGCCCCUGUCAUUACUUCCCGUAGCCACCAGUCCCUUCACACUCACAACUGAUGCCCUUGUCAUUACCUCCCGUAGCCACCAGUCCCUUCGCACUCGCAACUGACUCCCCUGUCAUUACCUCCCGUAGCCACCAGUCCCUUCGCACUCGCAACUGAUGCCCCUGUCAUUACCUCCCGUGGCCACUAGUUCCUUCGCACUGUCGGCUGACUCCCCUGUCAUUACCUCCCGUGGCCACUAGUCCACUCACCCCGCAUGUCGACUCUACUGUCAUUACCGAUGUAUGUACGUUGAACUUGAAUUAAUCAAGAAUCUAUAACAAUACAGUAUGAAUACAGCUCACUUCUGCAGGCAUG